CCGGUUUGGUGAUUCUCUUUCAUUUGAUGAAAACCGAAGAUCUCGGCCAUACAGAUGGGCUCAGCAUUUGGCAGGCAUUGAGUUUCUGCCAGAGGUUUCCCCACUGGUUUUACUAACUGGAGGCUCAGAUAGUGAAACUACCAAACAUGGACCCAUAUUAUCAGGCCUCUCCUUGUAUCGUCAUCAAAAUCGGGUGCAGACACUUGUGCAAAGGCUACGUGCGCGAAAAAAGGCUCAGCUCUCCGUUGCUUUCAUUGGUGGGAUCAGAAGUGCCACAUGAAACAUGCUGUUCAAAGCACCAAAGGCUAAAUGUUGGCAUCAUCAUUGAUCAGCAGACUAGGGUGGGCAAAGAGCAGAGGAUAGCCAUGGAGAUAGCCAUGCAUGAUUUUGAUCAGUGCCAUUGUUUUAAUCUUCUGUAUACAUAUGGAAGCUCACCUUCUGCAUUGAUUGAUCUGAUCAGCUGGAAGCAAGUCGAUGUAAUUUUUGGGACAGUAACACUGCAGGAAGCUGCCUUGAUCUCAGGAUCCAAAACUGGCAGAGGCAUUCCCAUCAUCUCUGUUCCUCCAGCAGCAUCUGCUCCACUAAAUGUUCAAUCAAAAUUACCGAACUUUAUCCAGAUGAGCACCUCAAUCACGUACCAAGUGCAAGGCAUAGCUGCUCUAACUGGCCAUUUCAGAUGGAGAAAGGUCGUGGUGAUACAUGAACAUGACCUUGGCUUCUCAGAAGAAUCAGAGCUCUUCUUCACCUACCUCUCAGACUCUCUACGUGCUGUAGGCUCAUCCAUCGAGCAUCAUUUUUCCUUCCCUCAUGUGUCUUCUCUUUCUGAUCUAAAGGCAUUUGUUGAGAAAGAGCUGAAGAAGCUCGGAAGCCAGAAUGUUAGGAUUUUCAUUGUGGUGCAGUCUUCUAUAGAAUUUGGUCUUGUCUUGUUUGAGAAGGCAAAGGAGUUUGGAAUGAUGGAGAAAGGCUCUGUCUGGAUUGUAUCAGAUGAGAUAGCCGACCUUCUUGAUUCUGUGAAUCCAUCAGCCAUUCUCAACAUGCAAGGUGUCAUUGGUUUGAAGACGGACUAUGCAGAAAACACAGAGAAUCUCAGAGAGUUCAAAUCCAAGUUCAGAAGAAAAAACAUAUCAAAAAAUUCAAUCGAAGAAGAAAAUUUGACCCUGAGCAUAUAUUCCUUGCGUGCUUAUGAUUCAAUCAGAAGCCUCGCAGAGGCUUCUCGGAACUUGCGAGGAAAAAUCAACUCCACAGAGCUAGUGAAAUGGAUUUUGUCUGGGGAGUUUGAAGGCCUUAGUGGUAAAAUAAGCUUCAAGAAUGGAGUACUUUCUCAGAAACCCAUUUUUAAGGUUGUCAAUGUGAUUGGUAAGAGCUACAGAGAAGUAGCCUUAUGGUCACCAGAGUCUGGUUUCUCAGAGGAUCUUGUGAAGCCUGAUGGAAAAACGAUGAAUUUAGGCAGUGGCCUAACAGGUUCACUGCAGUCCAUUUACUGGCCAGGUGGCCAGCAAACCGUUCCAAAUGGAUGGAGUGUAGGCAGUGACGAGAAACCUCUGAGGAUUGGGGUUCCUGCCAAGGGUGCAUUCAACCAGUUUGUUAAUGUUAGCUAUGAUCCAGGGCGCAAUACAACUCUGAUCAGUGGGUUUUCCAUUGCUGUCUUUGAAGCUGCUGUCAAGUUGCUGCCUUACGUUCUCCACUACGAGUUUGUUCCGUACUAUGGCUCUUACGAUGAAAUGGUGGCUGAGGUUCACAACAAGAGCUUAGAUGCAGCAGUGGGUGAUACGGAGAUAAUGGCAGAUCGCUAUGUGUAUGCCGAAUUUUCACAACCCUACAUAGAAUCCGGGCUUGUGAUGGUAGUCCCUGUGAAUCAAGUACUGAAGCAGUCAGAAUUCCUGGGAUUAAAUGCUUUCACUGAGAAGAUGUGGAUCAAACUAGCAGCAAUGAGCUUCUCCACAGGUGCUGUUGUUUGGUUGAGUGAGUACGCCUCAGGAAACGAUCAAUUCACUAAUAAAUCAUGUCUUGAAAUCCUCAGUUCGAUCUUUUGGCUGUCGGUCACUAUAAUCUCAUUAUCACAGAGAGAACUUAUCAGGAGCAAUGUAUCCAAGGUUGUGCUGGCAGUCUGGAUAUGCGUCGUCUGCGUGGUGGGAGCAAGUUUCACAGCUAUCUUAAGCUCAAUGAUGACUGUCCCGCGGCUACAAGGUCUGUCAGAUAUAAACCAACUGCGUAACACAAAUGCAGCGGUUGGAUGCAACGGGAACUCAUUCAUUGUACGGUAUCUGACGGAUGUGCUGCAUUUCAGAAAUGUCCGUGGGAUCAACUCGAUCAACGACUACCCAAGAGCUUUCGAAAGUGGUGAAAUCAAAGCAGCUUUCUUCGUGGCACCACAUGCCAAAGUUUUUCUUGCAGAGUAUUGCAAAGGAUACGCCAUAUCAGGACCAACCUUCAAACUAGGUGGCUUUGGCUUUGUAAGAUUGCAUAAUCCAAUCCUUUUCCAGAAAACACACUCCCUCGAAUUUUCGCCAUGUCUCAAUCCAUUCUGCUCCCUUUCAUCACAGGUUUUCCAGAAGGGCUCCCUAUUGGCAGUCGACAUUUCUGAAGCAGUGCUCAAAGUCACACAAAGUGGACAGAUAAACACUCUGGAGAAGGACAUGCUUCAUCUUGCCAACUGCAGUGCGGCUGGAUCAGAUGACUUGAGAUUAGGCCCGGGCCCGUUUAUGCGUCUGUUCGAGGUUUUAGGCGGCGUUAUAGGGCUCGCCUCACUUAUAGCUGCAGUUCGUUUGGCGAAGAUGUACUGGGCUCGAAUCCGAAGCUUCGUACUGAUCAUGAAGAAAGUCUUGCUAUGUGCAACAUUGUACAGAAAACCGAGCAUGGAGAAGAAUGUUCCCUGUGAUCGACUGGAAACAAACCUGGCGGGCAUUCAGGUACCACGCAGUUAACCUUAGUUAAAGACUCACAUGUAGUAAAUGAAGUGGUUGCAAGAAAAGUUUUGUACAUAAUGUGUGACAGCUGAUAGGAUUCAAGAAAAUGGUGUAGAGCAACAACAAUGUUGCUUUCAUUAUUGUAGUUGAAGGAUUACAACGUGAUGUGAUCAUCAUUUGGGAAAAUAAAUAUCAAUAAGAUUGCUUCGUUUCGAAUGAAAUCUUUG